GUCUCGAUGGGCCCCCGGUUCUUCUGCCUGUGGUCUAUCACAGCCCGAGUAAGUCGUAUCGUACCAGUGGUAUUAGUCGUUUGUUUCUCCAAGGAACCGGGAGACGUCAGAUGAAGGUUACUGCUCUGACUGGGCAGGGGGAAGAGGGAUGAGUAUGGGCUGCAUGCAUAGUAGCGUCGGAGCCAGGGGUAAGACUGGAAUCCCAAAAGCAUCUAUAUAGAAUAGAUGCCGCCCGUCGUUCAUCCAGCCUGGUUCACUUUGUCCUCAAGUCGUAUCCUAUUCGGUCUGAUCGGCGUCUUUUGAGUGAUAUUUGCCGGGCUCGCUCAGUCAACCCCCUAUAGCUGGACGUCGUUCGUUUAUAGAACAGUCGGAUCGACAACGACAAACGAUAACGACAACAACACCCAUAAACCGUACCCAUAAAUAACCCAGCACUACACCGGCCAUCAUGGCUACUGGGAUGGAAGAAAAGACUGUCGGCCUCAGCCGUGCCGACAGCACCAACAGCAACAAGCUCGGCCAAGUCGUCUCGGGCACCGCGGCGGCAGUCGCCCAGGAGUAUGGCGAGACCCAGCGCGGUCUCAGCCCCCGUCACGUCCAGCUCAUGGCCAUUGGAGGUUCCAUCGGCACCGGUCUCUGGGUCGGCAUCGGCGGCGUCCUCUCCAAGGCCGGCCCUCUCUCCCUCGUCCUCGGCUACACCUUCUGGGGUCUCCUCUUCAUCUGGCCGCUCAACCUGUCCGUCGCCGAGAUGUGCGCCUACCUGCCCAUCCGCGGCACCAUCUUCGAACUCGCUUCCCGCUUUGUUGACCCUGCUCUCGGUUUCGCCUUGGGAUGGACGUAUUUCUUCGCCGGUCUGAUGCUGGUGUGUACAGAGUACAGUGCCGUUGCCACCGUCAUCCAGUACUGGAACGCCGACAUCAACCCGGCCGCCUGGAUCGCAGUCGCCAUGGUCUCGUGCGUCGCCGUCAACCUCAUCGCCGUCAAGUACUACGGAGAGUCCGAGUUCAUCAUGGCCUCGACAAAGGUCAUCCUGCUCAUCGGCCUCUGCCUCGUCACCCUCGUCACCAUGUCCGGCGGCAACCCGCUCAACGACGCCUACGGCUUCCGCAACUGGGGCAACGGCAACCACAUCCACGCCUACUUCACCGACGGCUCGACCGGCCGCUUCCUCGGCUUCUGGAAGGUCGUCAUCUACGCCGCCUUCACCAUCGCCGGCCCGGACAUGAUCGCCCUCGCCGCCGGCGAGAUCCAGAACCCGCGCCGCACCAUCCCCCGCGUCGCCAAGCUCAUCUUCUACCGCCUCGUCGGCUUCUACGUCGUCGGCGUCCUGUGCGUCGGCAUCAUCUGCAGCUCCCGCGACCCGGGUCUCCUCGGCGCCAUCGAAAACGGCGAACCCGGCGCAGGCGCCUCCCCUUGGGUUGUGGGCAUCAAGAACCUGCACAUCAAGGCCCUUCCCGACAUCAUCAACGCCUUUAUCCUGCUGUCUGGAUGGUCUUGCGGUAACGCCUACCUCUACUCCACCUCCCGCACUCUCUACGGCCUCGCCCGCGACGGCCAGGCGCCCCGGUUCUUCCUCAAGUGCACGGCUGCCGGUGUCCCCAUCUACUGUGUCCUCGUCGUCACCGCCAUCUCGUGCAUCACCUUCCUCGUCUCCUCCAACGCCGCCGUCGACGUCUUCUUCUGGUUCGUCGACCUGACCACCACGGCCCUCAUCAUGACCUACGUCUUCAUGCUCAUCACCUACAUGGGCUUCUACCGCGCCCGCGUCGCCCAGAAUUUCCCCCCGGAGACCCUCCCCUACCUCGCCCCCUGGACCCCCUACUUCCCCGGCCUGGCGCUGCUCCUCGGCAUCCUGGCCCUCAUCUUCGUCGGCUUCGACAACUUCUACCCCUUCAGCGUGCGCGGCUUCAUCACCUCUUACUUUGGCCUCAUCUUCGGCAUCUUCAUGUUCGUCGUCUGGAAGGUCUUGAAGCGGACCAGGUUCGUCCAGCCCAAGGAGGCCGACCUCAUCAGCGGAAAGGCCGAGGUCGAUGCCGAGUGCCGCCACUGGGAGGAGGGCGGCAUCGAGGAGGUCGAGAGGCAGAGGCUCGCCCAGAUGUCCUUCCUCCGCAGGACGUGGGAGAAGAUCUGGUAGAAGAGUGGCGGCUUAAUGAUUGCAAGAUACCUACCUGUAACUGUAUUACCGUUUCUAUGACAAAAGAGAAUAUUUUUGUCAAACAAGUCUUGGGAUUUCUGCCAACGUAAC